UUCUCUCCACACUACCUUAGGGUUUAAAAACGUGUAUAUUCGAGAGCGCUCGCGAGCGCGUCUUCUACCUAUAUAGCGAGCGCUUCCCUUCUUCUCUUUCUUGCUCGCGCGGCGCCAUAGCCUAGCUCUCUCCCUCCUGGAUCAGUCGCUCAAAAUCUCGUGCCAAUCGCUCGAAAUAUCUCCGUUCUCGCAGUCCGUGAGCGAUCGGUGGAUUGAGAGAGCGUUCUUUGCUGCGAUCGGUGCAGGAUUUCCAGAUCUUGGAGCGAAAUUUCGAUCGGCGGGGCGGCAUCGGGCAAGCGCUCAUCUCUCCGGCGCUCAGGCGAUUCUUCCCUGUGCGCAAUUGGCGUGGCUUCUCUCCGGCUCGUGUUUCCUCCUCGCCAUUCAUCCCUUGCCAGAUAUUCUGUGUUUCUUGCUCUCUUUCACACACCGCGGCGCAGCGCAGCGCGGCACGAGUGUGUACUCGCUCUCGCAGCACAUUGCUCCACACGCACGCGCGACGCUCUCUCCUUUCUUUCUCUCCUCGCGAAAUUUCCAAUUCUUCUUCCUGCCGGUCGCUUCCAAUUCUCCCUGCGCAAGAUCGCCUCCAAAGGCCCCGGAAAAUGCGAAAGAUAUAGAUUUUUCUCGUUAUUCGUAGCGAAGAAGACUGAUACCCGCGCCGGGAGCGAGACAAACAGUCUACAGCGAGCCUUUGAGGUUUGCAUGUUGGUGAGCGUUCCAAGCAGCAGCGGGUCAUGCUGCUAAGCAGCUACAACCAUGAGCCGCUGCCGGGCGAUUGUUUCGAAGAGUCCUCGGCUCUCAGCUCGCAAGGCGGAGAACUAAUGCUGCCGUCGUCCAAUUCCGCCGCUGGGCCCCUGCCCAAUUGCUCCAUGCAGGUGGAGCAUGGCCUCAAAUCCUCGUCGGGUGGCGGUGGCGGUGGCGGUGGCGGCGAUCAGUCCUCGGCUCCCACUCGGGCUCUCCGGAUCAAGCCACAGCCAAACCAGGUACUCAAGUGCCCGCGCUGCAAUUCUCUCAACACCAAGUUUUGCUACUACAACAAUUACAGCCUCACGCAGCCGCGCCACUUCUGCAAGAACUGCCGGCGCUACUGGACCAAAGGUGGCGCGCUCCGCAACGUGCCAAUUGGUGGGGGCUGCAGGAAGAACAAGAGGGCCAAGCAGAACAAGAGCUCGUCGUCGGAUCAGUCGUCCACUGUCCCGGCAGUAGAGAAGGCCUCCUUUGGCGGUGGCGGCGAUCACUCCCUGGCUGGGCGACACGGGCAGCUGCUGGCCGCUUCCACGUCUAGCCUGUACGAGGACGGAAUUCACGAGCUGGCCUACUCGAGGAUCCCGCACAGCCUGCGACUGGGCGAUCACUCGGGCAGCAGCGGGCUGUCUUUCGAAAUUCCGCGAGUUCCGGGCGGUGGCGGGCACCAGGCGCCCUCGUUCAUCAAUCUCCCCGCGGGUGCUUUCGAGGCCGGGGCCGAGCACGGCCUGUCCACCGCCACGCUCAACUUCCAGGGGCUCAUGAAGCACGAGAACGGCGGGGAGUUCACGCCCAUGUACGAGCCGUCUUUAAACUUGCUGGGCGGAGCUGGCGUGCCCGCGGCGCCGCCGCAGCUGAGCGACGCCGGGCUGGGGCCGAGCGGGUUCAGCAUCGGGCUGGACAAUUUCGUGGGACUGGGACUCAACGGGGAUCUAAAGUCGUGGAGACAGCAGCAACAGCAACAGCAGCAGCAGAAGAUGACGGCUCUGGAAGGCCCGGAGCAGCAGCAGCAGCAGCAGCAGGAUGGAAUUGGGAUUGGAAUUCACCACCACCACCAUCUCCACCAGAGCUUGCUGGGCCACUUGGCCGCCGCGGAUCACGGCUCAUCCUCCGACCGGCCCCCGAAAGGGAAGUCCCAGGAUCGGAUUCACGACUCGCAGCAUUCAUCUUCGGAGUGGCAGGGCCAGCAGCAGCAGCAGCAGGAGUCAUCGUUUCUGGAAGCGGCGGCGGCGGGAGGGGGAACAGGAGGAAGCGGCGGAGGUGGUGGUGGCGGCGGCGGC